AGAAUGUCAGUCACACUUCACACCACUUCCGGAGACAUUAAAAUUGAGCUUUAUGUAGACGAUGCGCCAAAAGCUUGCGAGAAUUUUCUUGCAUUAUGUGCCAGCGACUACUACAAUGGAUGCAUUUUUCAUAGAAACAUCAAAGAUUUUAUGGUGCAAACUGGAGAUCCAACGCAUUCGGGAAAAGGCGGCGAAAGUAUUUGGGGAGGACCAUUCGAAGACGAAUUUGUUAGUGCUCUGAAGCAUGACUCACGAGGAUGCGUAUCAAUGGCAAACAAUGGACCUGACUCCAAUCGAUCGCAAUUCUUCAUCACUUACGCGAAGCAAGCUCAUCUCGACAUGAAGUACACACUUUUCGGAAAAGUGAUUGACGGAUUCGACACCCUAGAAGAAAUAGAAACGAUCAAAGUUGACAAUAAAUACAGACCUCUCGUUCAGCAAAAGUGAGUUUCUACGGAAAACUAAAUUCUCUCAUUAAUUGCUAAUAUUCAGAAUACAGAAUGUGACGAUCCACGCGAAUCCGAUGGCUGCUGAUUAAAAAACAUUAUAUGUUUUGCAUAAUUUUAUCUAUUUAUUUUCACUUAAGACAAGUUUUUUGUUUUGUACAAGGUCUUUGAAAUGAUAAACAAUGAGAAUCAAAA